GACUCCCACGUUCUCCCCCUCACAAAAUCCAAAUCUCUCUCUCCCCCACAAGUUCUUCCAGAAGUUUGCUUCUUUUCAGCGAUGAGGUUUGGGAUCAAGGAGAAAUGCAGCAGGGCCGGAGCCCACUUGCAAUCCAGGGGAAGUCUUCUCGUCUUCCUGGCGUUCGGGUUUGGAUUACUGGCCCUUCUUUGGGGCUCUCCUUCCUCGAAAGAUUGGAACCUGGCGCUUGACUCUCUUGAUUUCCCCUCUGUCAGUACCGUUUAUAGCGUCUUUGUGUUGCUUUUUCUGCUGUUCUUGGGGUUUAGUGUGUGGCGCCUUGGCCGAAGGUUUGACGAGCUUGAGGCGGUUCUCGAGCAAUUCCGGAAGGUGAUGGCGGAUCAGCGAAGCGGGCUCGGCUUCAGUGACGUCGUUUGUGCCUCCUGUGGCUCCAAGUUUCGAUCUUGGAAGGGUUAUCUGGGUGGAAGUUUCAAGGGGGGCAAGGAGCCCGUUGUGGAGAGAACGUGUUCGCCGAAAUGGGAAUGUAAGAAUUGCAUUGGUAGGAACGGGAUGAAAGAUUUAUCGGAUGAGCUUAUAGCAGAGGAAGGGGCGGAAGAUGGUGAGGAGGAAGAAGGGUUUGAUGGAGAUGAGCUAAUGAAGUUAAGAAAGGAGAUUGAGAAGGAGAGAAGGCUCCGGACCGAGGCGGUCGGGCAAUUGGAGGAGGAAAGAAGGGCUGCUACUUCUGCUGCUGACGAGGCCAUGGCCAAGAUUCUGUCGCUUCAAAAUGAGAAAGCUUCUGUUGAGAGAGAGGCAAGGCGAUACCACGAAAUAGCUGAACAGAGGAAGGCAUAUGAUGAGCAAUAUAUCGAGCAACUGCAGUGGCUUAUAGAGAAACUUGAAUCCGAGAAGGGAGAGAUGGAGGGGAAAUUCGAGCCAGGUGGGCAAAAGAUCAAGGUUACAGAUAGUGAUGCCUUGUCUGGAAAAAGAACCUGCCAUCUUUCAAGUGUAAUGGAUCGAAUUGAAAUGGAGGCAUGAUGCAUGGUUUAGAUUGUUCUUUCACAUCCACUUGGAUGGAACUGCAAAUGGACAACUCAAUUCUUGAGGAUAAACCCCAUCGGCUACUAUUGUAAGUUUGCAAGACAAUUGGUUUACACUUUGAUAGAAACUUGCACAUGUACUGCCUUAUUUGAUUAAUCGUAGCUGGUGUCAAUACUUGUUUGUAUGUGAUCAAGGGAGACACUUCUUGUUCUUGAAAGGGUUGUGAAACUUGACUUGCAAAUGGAUUCCCAAGUUUGGGGAGUUUACUUUUUGGGGUUUA